AUGGUGAACAUGGGGAUGCGAUUAGAAGAGGGUGUCCGAGGGGGCCGGUUAUCUAAAGAAAAGGUGUCUACGAGCAAGAAAUAUGGCGGUAGUUUCUCCAAGAAGAAGGAAGGGGAAACCAAUGUAGUAUCUGUAGGGAGGCAGAAGACGCCUUAUGUGAGGAAGAGUGCCAGACCUCAGCAGCAGCAUCAUCAACCUGAUUUGCACCGUGCUUUUCAUCAUGGAGCCCCCGACCAUGACAUUGAAAAUUGCUAUCCUUUGAAGCAUAGAGUCCAGAAAUUGAUCAAGAAUGGUAUGGUGUCCUUUGAGGACAGCGCACCUAAUGUCAAAGCUAAUUCGUUUCCCGCUCAUGGCAAUGCUUCUGUGAAUAUGGUAGAUGGUUGUCCUGGGAAUUUCAGGGUUUUCGAUGUUCGUCACAUUCGCCAGUCUUUGGUAGAGAUCCAUAGAACUCUAUGUUUGAUCAGUGAUUGUGAGCACAACCAUGAUGGUUAUGUUAUCUACGGUGUCAAUCCUCGAGGAUGUGUGAUUGCCAAGACGGAUAUUCAGAACUUGAUAGAUGAAGUUAUCCAGUAUGACAGCAACAAGAUUGACAAUAGAUCGGUAUUAUUGUUGGUAAUACGAUUAGAGGGCCCCAUCCUGUACUCAUUCGAUAAAGUUGUACCUUAUAAAUACAAUGCUACUAUGAUUGAGAAUGGGCAAGAGGUUCCUCUUCCCGCUGCAAAUUCAGUAGUAAGCAUUGUAGAUGUUGUGAAGGUGACCCGUAGCGGUCGUGUAUUUGAUCCAGUACCCACGAAGGUUGUGGAGGACGUUGUGGUUAGUAAGAAGGUAGAUGUUCCUUCAGUUGAUCUGGUUAACGCUCCCACUUGUCAGUAUGGUGAAUCCAGUGGUUUGAAGGUUAAAGAUAAUGGUAAUGAUGAAGUUCUGCGGUUAAUUAAGAAGAGUGGGUUCAACAUUGUGGAGCAGCUACUCCAAAUGCCAUCAAAUAUUUUUGUGUUAUCUUUAUUGAUGAACUCCGAAGCGCAUAGAGAAGCUUUGCAGAAAGUGUUGGAGCAAGCAUAUGUAGAGCAUUAUUUCACAAUGGAUCAGUUUAAUCACAUUGUUGCCAAUAUCACUUCUUGCAACAAUUUGAGCUUUUGUGAUGAAGUGCUUCGUGAGGAAGGAAAAAUUCAUAACUUGGCACUCCACAUAUCCAUGAAUUGCAAAGAGGAUGCUCUGUCCAAUGUUUUGGUAGAUACCGGUUCGUCAUUGAAUGUGCUACCCAAAUCAACUUUGGCAAGAUUGUCUUAUCAAGGUGCACCUAUGAGGUACAAUGUUGUGGUGGUAAAAGCGUUCGACGAUUCUCAUAAAACUGUCAUCAAAGAGGUGGACCUUCCAGUCAAGAUUGGUCAGAGUGAAUUUCAGAUUACUUUCCAACUCUUCGUAGUUGGUGGAGAGAAAGCGCUUUUGGUGAGCCACCUAUCAUCCUUUACCUAUGUGGAAGCUGAAGAAGGAGUUGGAACGUCAUUCCAAGCUUUAUCUAUUGCUAAUGAGAUUUAG